AUCAAGACUACUGCGACAGUCCCUGUAAGGACAAUGGACCUUGUCCAGCCGGAGCACAGUGUUACGACCGCAGCGACACCUUACGCCCUAAGUACGAAUGCAUUUGCCAAAUGGGCAUGGUAAUGGAAGGGAACCGAUGCAUAAGUCCACCACCAUCCACGCCUACUCCUCGGCCAGUUCCAAGUUUGUCUCCGGCCAUUAAGGAUACAGUCACGGCCUUGACCCGAACUGCAUCAUUCGUGUUGAUUGGAUUCGUCACAGCCACACUGGUGCUCUUCGCAGUUCUCAAGAUCAUGGACCCAGGCCGAUUUAUCCAUAUGAACAUUGAGAUAGCUCUCCUACUGGCACACAUUUGCCUGUUGCCCACGCUCCAACAUUCGGAGACUGCGUGUCGGAAUAUAAGCAUCUUCAUUCACUUCUUUUACACAGCCGUGUUUGCCUUCUUCCUCAUGGAAGGCAUUCACAUGUACUCCUUGGUGAGCCGUGUUGUGCCCAGAAACGGCAUGCUCUCGAAUAUGGGCAGUUUCAUGGCGGGUUGGGGCAUUGCCAUCACGGUCAUUACCUUCACCGUGUCUUUUGAAUACGAAAACUAUGGCGGAGACUACCAUUGCUGUCUCCAAAUGGACACGGGUUUGAUGUACGGAGAGUAUAUUCCAGUGGUGAUCUUGUCCAUCAUCACCUUCAUGCUGAUUGAAGCCGGAAGUAACGUGGAUGACGACACUAUGACCAAACUGUCCGGUAAGUACAGGAGCAUUUGCUUUUAUCACAGGUUUGCUUCCAACAUGAAUGGCACGAGUGUUGGUUGGCUGAAUGGGAGGAAUGGGUGGUCGCUGAUUCUUACUCAAAGGCCUCCAUGUUGUAUUCCACAUCAACUUGAUUCUUGUCAGGAACAUUGCCCGUGUUUGCUUCGAGAUCCACGGUUUCUCCGUCCUUCAGUCGACGGUACAUUUUGGAAGUGGUCACCGCCUUGUUGAUGUUGGUCAUGUAGUUGGAGUAGCCAUAAGGCGAAAAUAUCAUGGUCGAGUCGAUGUUCCAAUCGCGUUUGAUAUCCUGACUCGUACAUUUCAAUGUGAACUUGGAGGGGAUUGAACAGGAAUAGGUUACAUAGUUGUGAUCAUUGUAGUACGUCACAUUAAACGCUUGGUCCAAAUGAAAGUUCAAGAUGUGAACUGCAAACUCUGAAAAAAAGAAAAUUUGAAAAUAUUUUUCAUGCUUUGAUAGCUCUUUGAAGAAAUAUAAGAAAACUGAGAUCUUAAAGUCAAGAUGAAUAAGAUUCAAGAAAUCAAGGAAGCUGAUUGACUCCGAUAUCCGUUCAAGAAAGCACUGAGCGGAUAUGAUUUUCUAAUUUGUAACUGGCUAAGGAGAAUCGUUCAAGCAUGUUUACCGACCAUUUGAAAAC